GUUACGUCACUUCCGCUACCUCCACAGCAGGCGUCGCUAAAUGACGUUGCCGUUUCCGGGUCACCCAGGCAGCUUGUGGCGGCGAAGGCAUCGGUGUUCGCUGAUGUCCAGUCUAUGGAGUCAGUUGGUACCGGUGGCGGCGCGGAGGCAGAAGGCGGUGUCCGAGUAGGGGCCUCUGCCCCACCAGGAUGUUACCGGGCUUGGCCGCCGCCGCGGCCCACAGAUGUAGCUGGUCCUCCCUGUGCCGGCUCCGUCUGCGAUGCAGGGCGGCGGCCUGUAACCCCAGCGACCGCCAGGAGUGGCAGAAUUUAGUGACAUUUGGAAGCUUUUCAAACAUGGUUCCCUGUAGUCAUCCAUAUAUUGGUACACUGAGUCAAGUAAAGUUGUACUCCACAAAUGUUCAGAAAGAAGGACAGGGAUCACAAACACUCAGAGUGGAAAAAGUACCAUCAUUUGAAACAGCAGAAGGUAUAGGCGCAGAACUCAAAGCUCCACUUAAGCAAGAACCUCUCCAAGUAAGAGUUAAAGCAGUCCUUAAGAAAAGGGAGUAUGGAUCAAAGUACACUCAGAAUAAUUUCAUCACUGGAGUCAGAGCGAUAAAUGAGUUCUGCCUCAAAUCCAGUGAUCUAGAACAACUUCGAAAAAUCAGACGACGAAGUCCCCAUGAAGAUACUGAGUCUUUUACUGUAUACUUGAGAUCAGAUGUGGAAGCAAAAUCUUUGGAAGUUUGGGGAAGCCCUGAAGCUCUUGCCAGAGAGAAAAAAUUGCGUAAGGAAGCAGAAAUAGAAUACAGAGAAAGGCUAUUUAGAAACCAAAAAAUAUUAAGAGAAUACAGAGAUUUCUUGGGAAAUACCAAGCCACGCUCCAGAACAGCAUCAGUGUUUUUUAAGGGACCAGGAAAAGUGGUGAUGGUUGCAAUUUGCAUCAAUGGAUUAAACUGCUUCUUUAAAUUUCUUGCCUGGAUUUAUACCGGUUCAGCAAGUAUGUUCUCAGAAGCUAUACACUCAUUAUCUGAUACUUGUAAUCAGGGUUUACUAGCAUUGGGCAUCAGUAAGUCUGUUCAAACACCAGAUCCUUCUCAUCCGUACGGAUUUUCAAAUAUGCGCUAUAUUUCUUCGCUAAUUAGUGGCGUUGGUAUUUUCAUGAUGGGUGCAGGACUAUCUUGGUACCAUGGAGUCAUGGGAUUGCUUCAUCCUCAACCAAUAGAAUCCCUUCUAUGGGCAUAUUGUAUUUUAGCAGGAUCAUUAGUAUCUGAAGGAGCAACACUUCUUGUUGCUGUAAAUGAACUUCGUAGGAAUGCUCGGGCUAAAGGAAUGUCAUUUUACAAGUAUGUAAUGGAAAGUCGUGAUCCUAGUACAAAUGUGAUAUUAUUGGAGGAUACUGCUGCAGUCUUGGGAGUUAUAAUAGCAGCCACUUGCAUGGGCCUUACUUCUAUAACAGGCAAUCCACUGUAUGACAGCCUAGGUUCUUUGGGUGUGGGCACCUUAUUAGGCAUGGUCUCAGCAUUCCUCAUCUACACUAACACAGAAGCACUCUUAGGGCGGUCCAUCCAGCCAGAACAAGUACAACGGCUCACUGAACUCCUGGAGAAUGACCCAUCAGUAAGGGCAAUUCAUGAUGUUAAAGCCACAGAUCUGGGAUUAGGUAAAGUAAGAUUUAAGGCAGAAGUAGAUUUUGAUGGGCGAGUUGUUACAAGAUCAUAUUUGGAAAAACAAGAUUUUGACCAAAUGUUACAAGAAAUUCAAGAAGUGAAAACUCCUGAAGAACUAGAGACCUUUAUGCUUAAACAUGGAGAAAAUAUUAUUGAUACUUUAGGAGCUGAAGUAGAUAGACUUGAGAAGGAACUGAAAAAACGAAAUCCUGAAGUUCGACAUGUAGAUUUGGAGAUACUGUGAGUUUGAUGGAAUGAAUCACCUGGGUGGGGACCUUGGAAACAAGUUUGUCCGUCCACUCUACAAAGUUUCCUCCUCUCCUACACUGAAGGACUCAGUGCCAUGCAGAAGCCUUUUUUUUAAGAUGAAGGAAAUAUUUUAUGUAAAGAGCAACUCAGCAGGACACAGAACUAAAACUACUACUUACAUCUAAGAGACACACUACAAGUUGAAUCAAUUUGAAAAUCAUGUUUUUAUGCUUCCAUAGGGAACAUUUUGGUUAUUUAAAUUGUUCAUAAUGUCCCAUAUUUCACCUGUUCAGUGUAUACUGUACUUUGCAAUCAUCUUUCUUUUUUUCACAUUGGUAAAAAUAAGUGGCAUCCAUAGGAUCAUGAUUUUUAAUUUGUUGCCUCUGAAGAUUUCACUCCAUCAAGAUCUGCCAAUCUUCAAUAUUCUGGCUAAAUCUUGGUAUGUGGUUUUUAAAUAGUCACUCCGUUUCAAAGUCUGUCUGUCCUUAUAGAAUGUGGAAAUUAUUUCUCCAUACCUUGUGAUUUUGACCUGAGUGCUAAGAGAAUCACUCUCCUUACCUAGUUAUCUACAAAUGUUCAUUCCAGAAAUGUUUAGUUACUGAAUUGAAUAAAGACAUCUCAGUACACUCUUUUAGGUCAUAGUAGUUGCCAUUUUGUAAAAUUUCUUUUUUCUUCUUUGCUUUUUUCCCCUUAUUUGGUUUAAUUUUUCUAAUGUUAGGAGAUAUAGUCCUAGAUAUUUCCAUGGGCCAGUGUGAUGACUUUUUUUUAAAUGAGGUUCAGUACCAUAAUGUUUAUUUACUGGGAGAUAAUGCAUUUAUAAGCAUUUUAAAAUUCUGUAAAAUGGGUUAGAAAUAUUUAUAAUUUUACAGGCAGGACAGCAUUUGAGUUUUAUUUAAAAGGCGGCACUACUUAUGUAAAUCUGAGCUGUGGGAUAAUUCUUGCUUUAAGAGACAGAAUCUCUCACUGAAACUCAUGGUCAUGAUUUUGUAUAAUAUAGUUCAUACUGUGUCUGUGAGUUUCUUCCAGUUACAAAUGGGCAUUUAGCAUAGUUAUAUUGACUAUAACAUGUAAGUAAAUAGCUUUCUACUGACCCUAAGUUAUCAAGGUGGAAAAAAAACAUGCAAUUCAGUAAUUGAAAAUGUGGUGAAAAGCUGCAGCUGUCAUCAUCAAAACAACUCAUAACAUACUUUAAAAUGUUCAGUUAGCAGUGAGCAUUGUUCAUAUAAGAAUGGCGGCUGGGUGAUCUCUUUGCUGAAUUAAUGAGUUGUUAACAUGUGGACCCAACUGCCUGUGUGAGAUCUGUGUCUUAAAACUUACUGAAAUGGAAAUUUAUGAAUUUUUGCAAAUUGUAAUGCUGGAAACAAAAAUAAAUCCUUGGUUAAAGGG